UAUAUAUCGAUAAAUCUCCUUUCAUCCAUUCACUUGAACUAAACAACAACUACCAAAAAAGAAAAAAAAAAAUGAAGAGCCAAAAACAAGGCCAUGUACUUGUUGUCACAUACCCAGCACAAGGCCACAUAAACCCACUCCUCCAAUUCGCCAAACGGUUGGCCUCCAAAGGCCUCAAGACAACUCUAGCCACCACUCCCUACACUCUGAAAUCUAUCACCACCACCACCACAACCUCUUUACAAAUCGAGCCCAUAUCGGACGGAUACGACGAAAGCGGAUUCUCACAAGCCCCGAGCCUGGAGGCCUACUUGGAGUCAUUCAGAGCCGUCGGAUCAAAGUCCUUGGAAGAUCUGAUAGUAAAGUCGAACAACACAACAUCGCCAGUAAACAGUGUCGUUUAUGACUCGCUGCUUCCUUGGGCUCUUGAUGUGGCCAGAGCACAUGGUGUUCUCUGUGCCGCUUUUAUGACCAACUCGGCUUCUUGUUGUUCCUUGUAUUGGCGUGUAGAUAGAGGUGGCUUGGAUUUGGAGAGAGAAAAAGGGUCAGUUUUGGUGGUGCCUGGUGUUCCUCCACUUGGGGUUAAUGAGAUGCCUAGUUUUCUUAAUGGGGAAAUUGCUCAAUCUCCUUAUUUAGCUUUGAUCAUGGAAAAGUUCAAGAGAUUAGAAGAAAAUGAUUGGGUUUUCUGCAACAGUUUUGAAGAAUUGGAGGGUGAGCUAGUGAAAGCCAUGCAAGGACUCUGGCCCCUACAAAUGGUGGGUCCAAUGGUGCCAUCAGCCUACCUAGACCAACAAAUAGAAGGAGACACAUCUUAUGGAGCCAGUCUAUGGAAGCUAACAAGCGACCAGCACAUGACAUGGUUGAGCACAAAACCACCAAACUCUGUCAUUUAUGUGUCGUUUGGAAGCAUGGCUGACAUUUCACACAAACAAGUUGAAGAAAUAGCAUGGGGUCUAAAAGCAAGUGAGAAGCAUUUCCUUUGGGUCAUAAAAGAGCCUAAGAACAAACUCCCAAAUGGGUUCUUGAAUUCACUAGGAGAGGCAGGAAUGGUGGUGACAUGGUGUGACCAGCUAGAGGUUCUGUCCCACCAAGCUGUCGGUUGCUUUGUGACGCACUGUGGAUGGAACUCGACGCUGGAGGGGCUGAGCCUCGGUGUCCCGAUGGUCGCAGUGCCGCAGUGGAGUGACCAGCCGAUGAAUUCCAAGUUUGUGGAGGAGGUGUGGGGGGUGGGAGUGAGAGCCGGGAGGAAUGAAGAAGGGAUUGUGGGGCGGGAAGCGAUUGCGAUGAGUGUGAGGGCAGUGAUGGAAGGAGAGAGAAGUGGAGAGAUAAGAAGGAAUGCAUUGAAAUGGAGAGUGGCUGCAAAGAAGGCUGUUAGUAUUGGUGGAAGCUCAGAUAGGAUUGUUGAUAGCUUUGUGGAGUUGCUGAAAGGGAAGAAAAAUGAAGGUUGAGGGCUGAGGUUUUGCUAGCCUUU